ACCCCCCAAUACAGAGAUACUCGAUUGACUGCUCCUCCUCGUGCUGCUGUUGCGGCUGCUGCGGCUGCGGGCGUGUUCAAGGCGGCGAGGUGCGCACCAUGUUUGAAGACGUAGAAGACAUGGUUGAUUGGUUCGAGCGAGUGUCGUCAGAAGCAGGCGUGGCUCAAUUGCGCACACUCCGCGAGAUUCUGCGCCAGAAUUGUGGCGUGGAGUAUCUAAACCAAUGGCUUGGAGAUGUCAAUAUCCAUCAAAUUCCUGAUGACUUUGCAUUGGAAUCCCUCUUCACUUCCUUAAUCCCCCUUUCUUCCCACGCUGAUUUCGAGCCUUUUCUUCAACGAAUCGCCGAUGGUGACUCUUCCCCUUUGCUUACACAACAACCCAUUCGAACUCUCUCUUUAAGUUCUGGCACCACCGAAGGCCGACAAAAGUACGUGCCCUUCACUCCACAUAGUGCGCAGACUACCCUUCUCAUCUUUCGUAUAGCUGCUGCUUAUAGAUCCAGGGUUUAUCCCACAAGGGAGGGAGGCAGGAUUUUGGAGUUCAUUUACAGUAGUAAACAGACCAAAACCAAAGGAGGGAUAACCACGGGCACAGCCACAACCCAUUACUACGCCAGUGAGCAAUUCAAAAUCAAGCAGCUCAAAACCAAAUCCUUCACUUGCAGCCCACAAGAAGUCAUUUCCGGCGGUGAUUACAAGCAAUCCACUUACUGUCAUCUUCUAUUGGGGCUGUUCUUCUCCGACCAAGUCGAGUUUGUCACCUCAACUUUCGCUUACACCAUAGUCCAAGCCUUCAACGAAUUGGAAGAUUGUUGGCCUCAAAUCUGUCACGACAUUACCCAUGCCACACUCUGCUCUAGAAUCACUCUUCCUGAAAUCCGUAAGGCUGUUUUGAACAUCAUUAGUCCAAACCCAAUUCUUGGGGCGAAAAUUGGAGCUGUUUGUGAAGAGCUUGAGAGACAGGAUUGGUUGGAUUUGGUUCCGAAGCUAUGGCCGAAUUGUAAGUAUGUUUACUCCAUAAUGACGGGGUCUAUGCAGCCGUAUUUGAAGAAAUUGAGACGCUAUGCGGGGAGGUUGCCGUUGGUGAGUGGGGAUUAUGGAUCGACAGAGAGUUGGAUUGGGGUUAAUGUUGAUCCUUGUCUGCCGCCUGAGAAUGUUACAUUUGCGGUCGUACCCACUUUCUCUUAUUUUGAGUUCAUCCCACUUUUCAGACAACAUCAACAACAUGAUUGUGGCAGUUCCUCCGUUGCUGCCUUCGAUGAUUUCUUGGAAGGCCAACCCCUUCCCUUGUCUCAAGUCAAGAUUGGACAGCAGUACGAACUUGUUCUCACCACUUUCACAGGACUAUACAGAUGCAGAUUAGGAGACGUAGUAGAAGUAGCAGGGUUUCACAACAAGACACCUAAACUCAACUUUAUAUGCAGAAGAAAGCUUGUAUUAACCGUAAACAUUGACAAGAACACCGAGAAGGAUCUCCAAUUGGUAGUGGAACGAGGGUCCCAGCUGCUAGCCGACCAAAGUGGAGCCGAAUUAGUUGACUUCACCAGCCAUGCCGACUUAACCAACCAACCAGGCCACUAUGUCAUCUUCUGGGAAGUCAAAGGGCACGUCGAGGACGCAGUUCUUGGACACUGCUGCUCGGAGAUGGACGCUGCUUUCGUGGACUACGGCUACGUGGUGUCCAGGCGGUCCAACACCAUCGGACCCCUCGAGCUAAGGAUCGUGGAAAGAGGCAGCUUCAACAAGAUCAUGGAACAUUACAUUGGUAACGGAGCUGCACUUAGCCAAUUCAAGACCCCCAGAUGCACUACCAAUCAGGUUCUUCUUACCAUUCUCAAUCUCUCCACUGUCAAAGCCUUUCAUAGCACUGCUUAUGGCUAAGUUUGGUUAUUAAUAUUGUUAGUAUUUCCCAAUUUUGAAUCAGUUUCGGAUCAUUUCAUUCUAACCAAAUUAGAGUGUCACUGAACACUUACUCAUCAUUGCAUGUAACGAGCCGAAACGAAUAAUAUUUGUUAGUGGUGGGUUUCGGUUGUUAUAAUCAGUAUCAGAGAUAGACACCGAGCUGUCGUAUCAGUUGGAGAAUAGAACAAAUCAUUCCUUAUAGAUGCUAUCAUAGUACCUCGAGAGUGAAUAAAGUUUCGGUCGUCGUCGUCGUCUUGUUGUUUUUGCUUUUAUCAUCAUAAAGCUGCCUCAACUCUUCUUCCA